ACAAUACGUCACUAUUUAGAUCCUCUCUGGCAUCAGCUUGGAGCUAAGACAAAGUCUUUGGUCCAGGAUUUGAAGAUACUACGUACCUUGCUGCUUUAUCUAACGCAGUAUGACUGUGUCACUUUCCUUAAUCUUCUGGAGUCACUGAGAGCAAGUGAAAAAGCAUUUGGUGAGAAUUCAGGCUGGCUGUUUCUUGACUCCAGUACUUCGAUGUUUUUAAAUGCUCGAGCUAGAGUUUAUCGCACUGCAGAUGAGAAACUGAAUCGGAAAGGCAAAGCCUCUGAAAAAAGUGAUGUAAAGAAGGAAAAUGAACUGAAAAGAGAAUUGGUUCUAGAAAGUAACCCCAAGUGGGAAGCUUUGAGAGAAGUACUGAAAGAGAUUGAAAAUGAGAAUAAGAACAGUGAAGACCUUGGCGGUCCAGGGCAAGUGCUUAUCUGUGCCAGUGAUGACCGAGCUUGUGCCCAGCUCAGGGAGUAUAUUAUUGCUGGAGCAGAAGCUUUUUUAACAAGACUCUAUACCAAAACCUUCGGAAAGGAUGAGAAAGCUGCGGAAGUGUGGAAUAAGGACAGAAAAGCCAUCAAGUCCAAAGGAAAUGCCAGAGCAGACACGGGGCCUCAAGCCAAAAAAGCCAAACUCACGGCUUCUUCAAAACAAAAUAAGCACAAGAAGCAGCAAGACCGGACUAUAAUCCAAAUGAUGGGGAAGACGGUGGAGGAAAAGAGUGAGGAGUUAGAGGUGGAAGAUAACAAAGAAUUAGGCAGUAGCCAAGAAAGCAGUGGUGAAGAGACCAUCCCUGAAGAUUUCCACAUGAAUUUACCCUCAGACUGUUACUACGGUGUUUUCAAGAACCCGCUGACAAUUAUUCAUCCGUUGCAGGGUUGCAAUGAUCCCUACGCGCUCACUCGGGUACUGCAUGAAGUAGAACCAAGAUACGUUGUGUUAUAUGAUGCGGAACUCACUUUUGUUCGGCAGCUGGAAAUCUACAAGGCAAGCAGGCCUGGGAAGCCUUUGAGGGUUUAUUUCAUCAUAUACGGGGGCUCCACCGAAGAACAGCGCUACCUCACAGCUCUGAGAAAAGAGAAGGAGGCCUUUGAAAAACUCAUUCGAGAGAAGGCCGGCAUGGUUAUUCCUGAAGAAAGAGAAGGAAGAGAUGAAACAAACUUAGACCUACUAAGAGAUGCUACACCUGCCUCAGUUUCUACUGACACACGCAAAGCAGGUGGACAGGAACAGAAGAGCGUUCAGCAAACCGUAAUAGUGGAUAUGCGGGAAUUUCGUAGUGAGCUUCCGUCACUGAUUCAUCGUCGUGGCAUUGACAUUGAGCCUGUGACCUUGGAAGUUGGAGAUUACAUUUUAACUCCUGAUAUCUGUGUAGAGCGGAAGAGUAUCAGCGAUCUGAUUGGCUCCUUAAAUAACGGAAGACUCUAUGCACAGUGCAUUUCUAUGUCCCGUUACUACAAGCGACCAAUUCUCCUGAUCGAAUUUGAUCCUACUAAGUCUUUCUCCUUGAUUCCACAAGGGUCUCUGCAUCCAGAAAUAUCCAGUAAUGAUAUUACUUCUAAGCUAACCCUUCUUACGCUCCAUUUCCCAAAGUUACGUAUCCUGUGGUGUCCCUCUCCCCAUGCUACUGCUGAACUGUUUGAAGAGUUAAAACAAAACCAUCCCCAGCCUGACGCAGAAACAGCAAUGGCUGUCACAGCCGAUUCUGAAGUUCUUCCUGAGUCAGACAAGUACAACCCUGGUCCUCAGGACUUUCUGUUAAAAAUGCCAGGUAUUAAUGCAAAAAACUGCCGUGCCUUAAUGAACCACGUGAAAAGCAUUGCAGAACUAGCGACACUGUCAAAGGACGAACUCUCCAAAAUUUUAGGUAAUGCUGCCAACGCCACGCAACUCUUUGACUUUAUUCAUCUGACCUACGAAGAGGCAAUAUCUAAAGGAAAAAGCAAAAGAUGA